CGGCGUGGGGGCGCCGAGCGCGGGGCGCGCUGGGGCCGCGCGGAUGGCCGCCGGGGCGGGGAGGCCGGGCCCUGGCGCGGGGCGCACGCGUGAAGUGGCACCGCACGUGUAAGAGAAGAUUCUCCUUUUCAGAGCGGCCGGGAGCCCUGCUCGAGAGGGAGCGCACCCGGGUCGCCGCCGCGGCACAGCGGGAAGAAAACCCAAACUGUGAAGCGUGGUAGUGGUAAGACUCAGCAGCGAACAUCAGGAUACAAAGAGGCCGGCCCUUGCGUUGGGGGAACUCGGCAGACUGCCGUGGCGGGAGAACCCAGUUUAAGCUGUGUGUCAUCAGUGACAGCCAUUGUCGGGAUCUGUGACGCAUCUCAGAGACCCCAGGGUUAGCAAGCUGAAGCAAUGGGCGACUGGAGCUUUCUGGGGAGACUAUUAGAGAACGCGCAGGAGCACUCCACGGUCAUUGGCAAGGUUUGGCUGACGGUCCUGUUCAUCUUCAGGAUCCUGGUGCUGGGCGCCGCGGCGGAGGAGGUCUGGGGGGACGAGCAGUCGGACUUCACGUGUAACACGCAGCAGCCCGGCUGCGAGAACGUCUGCUACGACAAGGCCUUCCCCAUCUCCCACAUCCGCUUCUGGGUGCUGCAGAUCAUCUUCGUGUCCACGCCCACGCUCAUCUACCUGGGCCACGUGCUGCACAUCGUGCGCAUGGAAGAGAAGAAGAAGGAGCGCGAGGAGGAGCUGCUGAAGGCCGACGGCCCGCACCCCGGGCCGGCCGCGCGCUGCGGGCCCGGCGGCCACGGCCAGAAGGACCGGCCGCCGGUGCGCGAUGACCGGGGCCGGAUCCGCAUCGCCGGCGCCCUGCUGCGGACCUAUGUCUUCAACAUCAUCUUUAAGACGCUCUUUGAAGUGGGCUUCAUCGCCGGCCAGUACUUUCUGUACGGCUUCGAGCUGAAGCCCCUCUACCGCUGUGACCGGUGGCCCUGCCCCAACACGGUGGACUGCUUCAUCUCCAGGCCCACGGAGAAGACCAUAUUCAUCAUCUUCAUGCUGGCAGUGGCCUGCGUGUCGCUGCUACUCAACAUGCUGGAGAUCUACCACCUGGGCUGGAAGAAGCUCAAACAGGGGAUGACCAAUCACUACCGCUCAGACUCCCCCGAAUCCAGGCUGGGGGCCGCAAAGCCUGGCGGCGUGGGCCCGCUGCCGCUCCCCUCCCCGUCCGCCCUGCCCGCGGUCACCAUCGGAUUCCCGCCUUACUACACCCACUCUGCCUCUUCCCUGGGACCGGCCACCGCCGCGGGCUACCCCGGGGCCCCUCCGCCGGCGACCGACCUCGGCACGGCCGCCCCGUCUGAGGCGCGCGAGAAGGCUCGCCCUGCCAGAUUCCACAACGGCAACCACCACCUGCUAGCGGCAGAGCAGAACUGGGCCAACCAGGAGGCCGAGCAGCAGACGGCCGGGAGAAAGGCCUCGCCGCCGGGGUCCGCUUCUGCCUCCCUGAGCCCUGCGGGCAGCACCGGGCAGCUGGCUCAGGACGCGGGCGCGGGCGGCAGCGCCCCCGGCCCGUUGGCGGACGGGACCGGCAGCAGCCUGGGCGACGACGGCAAAUCGGCGGGGACCCCCGACCUGGACGGGGAGCAGGCGGGGAGCCCCGAGGGGGAGAUGCUCGCGCCUCCUCUGCCCCCCGCAGACCCCGGGCGGUUGAGCAAGGCCAGUAAGUCCAGCGGCGGCCGGGCCAGACCGAAUGACUUGGCCAUCUAGCGGGCGUCUCUCCAGACAGCUUUAUAAUAACCGUUUCUUCUCGCAACCAAAACCAAAGUGCAGUUCCAGUCUGCAGGUAGACAGAGAGCCUGGAAGGGAGAGGGCACUGCAGUGGCGGAAGGGGAAGAUCACGAGGAGGAGAGCAGGUUUCUGUGUGUCCAUGCUUGCUGUUCUUAACACUGUGAGGUAGAGUGGGGAGAACGUCAGUGCUUGCUGAGAUGGGGAGGUGGGGGCAACGUGGGUGCAGGGGCUGUUGACCCUGGAAAGAUGUUCACGGCAACCCAAGAGGCCAACAACCUGGGCCGCCUUUGCAGGUGCUGCUGUCCAGCCUUGGGCUCCCGCCGUCUCUGUGGGUAACUGUUCCGUUGUGGUAAAGCGACAGGUGUCUUUACCUGGGGGCAAUUGGGUCUUCCAUUCCUACACUUCCCCAGAGCCUCUGGGCAGCCCACAAAGUCACAGAUGCCCUUAGCACUAUCUCUGUUUGAUACUUUUAACUUAGAGUUGAAUUUCAUUUGGGAUAUUUGCCAAACUGCACUAAAAAAAGACCUAGAGCGAGUCCGUAGACUGUCAUUUGAGUUUCUGAAAUUGCCUGGGAAGCCCAGGAUCCCACACCGUACGCUUCGUGACGAGUGACGAUGAGCAGGUACCCUCCAGGGGCGGAGACCCAGCAGGCGAGAGCCACGGAGGUUGCUGGUAAGAGAGCAGGUAGAAACGCAGCGACACUUGGGGUAAUUUUUAAACAGUUGAGGAAAUUGAAAUACAAGUGUGGCAGGUAUGCCUUAGGUAUUUAUUUUUUAAAUGAUAUUUUGUGCUUUGAUCUGAAUUGUACAGGUAUGCCUAUCCACCCCCCCCCCCCGACUUUCUUUCAGGAAAAAUGAAGGAAAACUAGUACCAUUAAGAUGAAUAGUGACCGAGAGAAUGCUAAUUUGUCCCAUUACAUACUGGUAAAGAUUUGGAUUUUCUUUUAAAAGAAAUUCUUCGACCUCAGGAGUCAGCUAAUGGCUACGAGAAUGUACGAUACAAAAUAAAAGGGGAAAUUUUAAGUGCAUUUCAAAUACUUGAAGUUGUGAAGUUUUUGAAUGGGAGGUUAAAAGUUAACCACUCUUGCCAGAAAAAUGAUUUAUACAGAUGAAUCAAUGACCUACAUUUUUUUAAGAGUAAAAAAAAAAAAAAAAAAAAAAAAAAAAACAACAACCUCUUAGAGUUUCCUAACCAUUGUUUGUGGGCAGCCUGUUUGCUUUCUAAAGUGUAAAUAAAAGUAUCUGGGUUUUA